GGAUGGAGGCACCGAAGCGGUCGUUUCAUUUUUGACAAGUUUGAAGAAGACCAACAACGAGCAACGACGGUAAAAGCUAUAAGCUCAGUAUACGCUUAAGAGUCAACAACCAUUAAGAAGUUGAUGGACGGUUCUGGAGCGCCCCCCAUACAUCCGGCAAUAGCACCUCUCUCAUUCCUUCUUGGGAAAUGGAGAGGUCAAGGUGAAGGUGGCUUCCCCACCAUUAAUUCCUUCUCCUAUGGCGAAGAGCUCCAUUUCUCCCACUCUGGCAAGCCUGUGAUAGCUUAUGCCCAAAAGACUUGGAAAUUGAGCUCAGGGGAGCCAAUGCACGCAGAGAGUGGUUAUUGGAGGCCAAAACCGGAUGGGACUAUUGAAGUUGUCAUUGCUCAGAGCACUGGUCUCGUUGAAGUUCAGAAAGGGACAUAUGAUGCCGAUGAGAAAGUGAUAAAACUUCAAAGCGAACUUGUGGGAAAUGCUUCUAAGGUCAAAGAGAUCGCCAGAGUAUUUGAGUUAAAAGAUGAAGGAUUGUCAUAUGUGGUUCAGAUGGCUACAAAUCUCACAAAACUAGAGCCACAUCUGAAUGCCUUACUCAAGAAACUCUAAUUUGAGUACUGAAGCAAAUCACGGAUGCAUCAAAUAUCCAUCAGUUCUCAUUUUGCCACCACAGGAAUCUCUUAAUUUUUCUAGAAAUUAUUCAGAAAAUGAUGGUUUUAUAUUCAUAUCUGUCUUGAUGCAUGGAACAGUGAGAACAAAAGUAGCAAAGAAUCCAUGUAGAAGCUCUGGGUUCUAUUUACAACUAAUAACUAAUAAGAGAGAUUUUAUCCAAA